AUGGAAUCUUUGAGGUUAUCGGAAUGGACUUUUGAAGUCCAACGUCUCUUCCAUCAGCACAAGACAAUAGCAACAACAAUAGCUCAAUUCAUUGUGGAAGAAGUUAUACUAAAAUAUGGUGCAUCAAGAAAAAUACUCACACAUCAAGAUACACAUUUUAAAAAUGAAUUGAUGGAAAAAAUUGCAUUAUUAAUGGGAUUUAAACAUGCAUUCGCAAGAACAUAUCAUCCACAAACGAAUGGACAAGUGGAACGCUUUAAUGCAACAUUUUAUCCACAGUUAGCAAAAUUACACGAUGGCAAUCUCAAUAACUGGGAUGAGUAUUUACGAGCGUGCAUAUUUGCAUAUAAUACUAGAUUACACAAUACAACGGGCUAUUCACCAAUUCAGUUAAUGUUUGCACGUGAACCUAUUUUGUCUUUUGAUUCACCAACAUCUACUAUUACACUAACUGUAUAA